UUUGCACGAUGAUUUAUCAGUGAAUAAACUUUACUUCUUUUUGAAAUAACGUACUGUUAAUAUAGCGUGUUUUAUUUUGAGACUGUUCACAAACAUUUCUCAUGCUUAUGUUCCACAAGCUGUGAACUAGUGCUAUUAUCGAGUUUUGUUUUGAAGAUACUUUUUAGAGGAAGUGACCGUGGAUGAGAUUAAGAAUGAAAUUCCGACACAGAGCGAUUGUGAUGUCUGUGGCAGGGGCCUUAACUGUUGUUUACUUAUUCCUGUCAUAUACAGGGUUCAUGCCGAAAAUGUUCAGUUCUCAUAAAGACAAGUUAAAAGAAUUUAUGGACAAAAAUCCUCUAUCGUUCAGUUUUAAAAGAUGGAAAUUAAACGAGGGUCAGUGCAGAGCUGACUUUUCAGUGCCAAAGGAUGUUACAACAACACAAGACUUGGCAGAUAGAACAGACUUCAACACAUAUACAAACGGGCUGUAUAAUCUACCACACGCCCAGCUGAAGGAUGCAGCCUAUGGUCCCAGUUUAAAACCUUUAAAUGUUAUAAUAGUGCCUCAUUCACAUUUAGAUCCAGGCUGGUUGGAGACUGUAGAUGAAUAUUAUAAUAGGAAAGUAAAGUUUAUUCUGGAUCACAUGGUACGGAAGCUGCACCUAUAUCCUGAUAUGACAUUUAUCUGGGCAGAGAUUAUAUUCUUGCAUAGGUGGUGGGGAAGUCAGUCUAAACUUAUACAAGAACAAUUCCAUGAACUGAUCAAAUCAGGAAGACUUGAAAUUGUGUCAGGUGGCUGGGUUAUGCCAGAUGAGGCUUCUACUCACUACACCACAGUGAUAGACCAGCUGAUGGAAGGCCACCAGUGGGUUUAUGAGACAUUUGGUGUCAAGCCAACAAGCAGUUGGUCUAUAGAUCCGUUCGGACACUCUGGUACUAUGCCUUACUUAUGGAAACAGUCGGGUAUGUCUAACAUGGUGAUAGGGAGAAUUCAUCAAGGUACGAAGGGAAGAAUGGCUAUGGAGAAAAGUCUGGAAUUUUAUUGGAAACAGUUCUGGAGCAAAUCUGAGUCAGAUGAUAUUUUAUGCCAUGUCAUGCCUUAUAUGUUGUACAGUCUUCAUCACACUUGUGGACCGGAUAAGUUUAUAUGCGCCAUGUUUGAUUUUAGAAAAAUACCGGGUGAACCGGAAUUUAGUGUCAUUCAGCCUAUUACGGAUAAAAAUAUAGUGAACAAAGCUAAAGAGCUGUAUGAGCAGUACAGGUUAAAGUCAAGCCUGUUUACUCACGGGACUAUUUUUGUGCCACUGGGCGAUGAUUUUAGAUAUGAUCAUAUUGAGGAAUGGGACCAGCAGUAUGAAAAUUAUAAGAAAUUAAUGAAGUACAUGAAUUCUAAACCAGAGUGGAAAAUAAAUAUGAAGUUUGGGACUAUUACUGAUUAUUUCAAUGAAAUGAAGCAAGCUGUAAAAAGUAGUUCAUUUCCUAUGCAAGAAUUAUCCGGAGAUUUCUUCCCAUAUUCUGACCACGAUAAAGCCUAUUGGACAGGCUAUUUUUCCACCCGUCCAUUUGAUAAAAGAUUUUGUAGAGAGGUUGAAACUAGACUCAGAGCAUCAGAAAUACUUCAUUCAAUUGCUUUGGCCUACAGUAGGUUCUGGAAAAUUGAUUAUAAAUUUCUUCAGAGGGCACCAAGGCUGCUAAAAGAGGCGAGAGAUAAUCUUGGAAUAUUUUUACACCAUGAUGCAAUAACAGGGACGUCCAAGGCAUAUGUAGUAGAAGAUUAUGAAGAAAAACUUCUUGUGGCAUUUGAUAAUGCAAUUCAGGUUCUUGGAUCAGCAGCCCAGUUUUUAUUGACGAAGGGAAAACUUGACAAUAUCCCAUCUAUAUUUGAACCGGAACUGACUAGAGCUUCGUUUAAACAGGCGUCAAUGCAUCAGAAAAUAACACCAACCAAGGAAGGUACUAGACUGGUACUCUAUAAUCCAACCAGUCAUCUGCGGUCGGAAUUUGUGGAAGUUAUUGUAGACUCUGUUCAAUUUCAGAUAAAAGACUCCAAGAGAAAAGACAUUCCUUUUCAAAUUAAUCCCGUAUUUACAUCCAGUACUGAGGUGGAUAGAAAUGUUUUCGAGAUAGUGUUUCUAUCAGAGAUCUUGGCUUUUGGCAUUGAAACAUACACCUUCCAGAUCAUAAAUAGGACGCCAAAUAGCUUUUGGUCCAAAAUUGUUAUUUACAAUACACAAGAACUAAUAAUAGCUCCAGAACUGAAAUUUGAGCAAGAAAAGCCGAGACAUAGGGGAUAUCUAAAUGAAGCAAUAUUUAUUGAAAAUGGUCAAAUAGCUGCAGAAUUCAAGUCAAUAAGUGGAUUAAUGACCAAAUGGCUUGACAAAACAAAUAACAAAACAAGAGAAACUAAAAUUGAACUUGAAUUUAAGCAAUACACUUCACGUGGGAGUGGUGCAUACAUAUUUUUACCUACUGGUCCGGCAACUGAUAUGUUAGAAGGCUUACCUGUUGUACGAGUGGUUGAAGGGCCAUUCUGUACUGAGGUUCAAGCAGUUUAUGUCAACUUAUAUCAUAGAGUCAGGCUAUACCAUCAUCCUGGUGUGCAAGGGAGACAACUCCUUAUUCAGAAUGCCUUAGACAUGUUUGUCCUUAACAUGAGAGAUAGGGAGCCAAUCAUGAGGUUAGAAACCGGCGUUAGGAAUGAAAUAGGUAAUUUCUUUACAGAUGAAAAUGGAUAUCAGUUCAUCGGUCGCAAGAGGCACUCUGCACACGAACAAUUUCAAAGUAUCGAUAGAAAUUACUACCCAGUUACUACAAUGGCUUUUAUAGAAGAUGGUAAAACUCGUGUAACUUUACAUACAGGACAAGCGCAUGGUGCAGCUUCACUUGAGGAGGGCUGGUUAGAGUUUAUGAUCGAGAGACAGUUACUGUACGAUGAUGAGAGAGGUCUCGGUGAGGGUAUAUCUGAUAAUAAACUCACAAUGACAAAGUAUAUGUUAACAGUUGAACAUUACGAUACUCGUGAUUUUGAAGACAAAUUUACAUUCCCAUCUAUGCAAGCGAAUAUACUUAAUGAAUUUUUAAACAAUCCAAUUCUGAAGUUGUAUACACCGAUUAAUUCGGAGAUAGUGUCUCCAAAUUUUGUGCCUUUGAAGCAGCCAUUACCAUGUGAUAUAUUUAUAGUUGCCAUGAAAUCCCUGUAUAAAUCAGACUUAGCAUACAAUGGUACAAGCUUAGUGAUCCACAGAAAAGGUUAUAAGUGUGGGUACCCCACCCAGGGGUUACAGUGCCCGAAUGACGAAGUUAAUAUUGCAGAUUUGUUACCCGAUGUAUCUAAUAAUGAUGUAAAAGAAACGUCAUUAACACACCUGGCUACAAAACAAUCAAAUAUUGACCUAAGAAAUCUUCAGGUUCCGCCAAUGGAGCUUAAGUCUUAUGUUAUUACUACUGGAAGAAAGUGAAAGAAAAUUUAAAAUAAAAUUACGAUCAAUUUUUUAGUUUUUUGAACAUUAUUGUUCAUAUAUAUAUAUAUAUUACUUUGAGAAGCAAUUUUUGCCUUUUUUUGAAGUAGUUAAGUAUUAUGGCAUUAAUGAAUAUGUAUCUGUGGUCCUUAACAGGUGCGCUCAUGUUGAAUAUGCACGAAGGGGUGUGUCCCCAAGUAAAGCUGGAAAGUCACCAUAUGACCUUUUACAGUCUUGGUGAGACUUUUAAUUCAAACUUACAGUUACUUAAUGAAUAUGUAAACAUUGUUGUAAUAUCACAAGUUUAAUUUGGUAUUUACAUUUUAAUAAAAUACAAUAGUUUUAGUUUCCAGGGUUUAUUGGUUGGGUAGAAUAAUGCUUUACAUGAAAAAAGCAAAAACGUUAUGAUAUGCAUAAUAGGACGGAAUAGUUUUUUGAUUCCAAAGGAGAGACUACCCAGUUAUUUUUGCACCCUGACAUGUAAUUAUAUUUUAGCAUGACCAGAAAUGUUGUUGGUUUGCAGAAAUAUUGUAAAUUUUAAAGAGAUCAUACAAAUUGUUAAGAGAUCAUGCAAAAUUUCAAGAGAGCAUGCAGUUUUUUCAGAGAUCAUGCAAAAUUUUAAAUACAUGUAAGUAUUAUGGAAAAGUUUUCAAUUUGUCUAUAUGUCUUUA